AUGCCUGCCUUCCCCAAACCCCCCACCGAAGACUCCAGGUCAGUUUUCUGGAUGCUCCGGUCGUUCACCAUUGGCAAGGAGCAGAAAACCACUGGCCCUACAAGCCUGUUCCUCGAUCGCGCCAACGCUGAGUUUGGCUUCGUCGCAUACACAUCUGCUAGCAUCGCAUUCGUCCUCCGCUUCCCCGAAACCAACGAGCCAAUCUAUUUCCAAGCUAAAACCGCACGUGCAGCAGCCUGGCGAGACAAGAGCAAGAAAGUGUCAAUCCUCUUCCAACACCUUCAAGUUGAUCUUGAGUUUGCGUCACCGGACCAAGCUCGUAGUUUCCUAGAUGUGCUGGAGGAUAUUGCGACGGCAGCUGGGAAUCAUUUCUUCUACAGCUACGAAGUGCCACAGUAUGCGCACCGUCCCACAUUCGAUAUCGUGUCUAAGACUGAAAAUGGCGGUAGGAAAGUCGCAUUCGUCAAGCCCGACUUCGACAUGGAACAACAAGGUUUCACGAGCCGCGCUCCACAACCUUGGAUGGCCGUUCCCGCCGACUCUUCCGAGUGGCCUCGCCUCCGUAAAACAGGCGAAUGGUCAGACUUCACCGUUUUCGCAGGUGGCAGUCAUUUCGCCGUCCAUCGCGUGAAAGUAUGCAAAGAGUCAUACUACUUCAGAGCCGUAUGCAGCGGCGGCUUCUCAGAGACCGCAAAACAAUCCAUCGAACUCCCAGAAUCGGCUCAAGUCGUAUCCACGCUUCUGGAUGAGAUGUACGGUGUUUACAACCCGACUACUGGUUCCAUCUUCACGAAUUUCGCGCUGAGAAUGGAGAUUGAGAAGGAGCUUAUGAUGAAUCAGCUUUUGGAUCUGUUCAUUGCUGCGGAUAAGUACAACCUCAACCCCAUCAAGCGCCGCGCCGCCGAAGCCAUCAUCGACCGCCUCCCCUUCAUCACCGACCCCCUCAUGAUCGUCGACCUCGCUACAUGCAUCUACCACGAGCAGUGUCCUGAGAACGACCGCGGACUGCGCAGGGCUAUCAUCGAGUGUGUGGGGUUGCGCAUGCCGGCUAUACUGGAGGAUGAGAGUGCUUGGGAGGAGUUCUCGGAGAAUAGGCAUGUGCUGAGGGCUUUUCAUGUGGCGCUGUGUGAGAGGGGUGAGGGUGGUGGGUUGGUUGGUGGUGUGUUUGGGGGUGGAGGCGGAGGUGGGAUUGUGACGCCGCCUGCUACGCCUAGGUAG